ACACUCACAUUGUCCCUCCUCUAUCACCUUUUUAGGCCUUUCAUAACAUUUUUAGAGCUUCAAAACAUCUCAAUCUUCAUUGUUCCCAUCCAUUUUCUUUCAAAACUUCAAUCUCUUUCUAUCUCUAGCCUUUGCAAAACUCUUAAGCUUUUAUACUAUUAACAAUCACAAAGCUAACCUUAACUUUUAGGGCUUAACUUAAUUUAUUAGCUAGGUAUGCUUCUCUCUUCACUCUAAUCUUCAUUGCUUGUUUCCCAUGUAAUUUCUCUUUUUUUUUAUUUCCUAAUUAUUAACAAAAUAUAUACUAAAUUAUGCCAUACAACUCUUCAAUGUAUACCAUAUGUCACAUUGUCACUCUUCCUUAUUUUUCUUGUUUUUUAUAUCAUUAUUUUCCUAAUUAAUUAAUUAUCAUGUGACAUGUGUUUUUGGUAUUAAUCACUAGGGUAAAUACUUUUUGUAGUUUGUUGAUUAAAGAUAAGAUCUAGGCAAUCAAUUAAGAGUAUAAGAGACAAACAAUUUUAGGCCAUAAUAUUUUAUUUUCAUUUAGAGAUGGUUGAAAUUUUUUUAGUAAAACAUAUUAUUUAAUUUUGAGUAAGUCUUAUAUGAGAUUGUCUUACUAUGAGACGAGCCCCAUAUAAUUAGAUUAUUUAUAUAAUUAAUUACUUUAGAAUUAUAAGUAUACAUUAGAUCGGUCUAAUAGGAAAUUUUUAGAAUUUAUUAUAAAUUUUUAUUCUACUUAAAUUAGCAUUAAUUAAUAAAAGGAAACAUUUCUAAGAAUUUAAGACCACCCAAAAAACCCAUAUCCUACUUUAUCUUUUGAUUAACUUAAGACCUUUGUUUGCAUCCUCAAUCACUUUCUAUAUUUAGAAAUGGAAAUUUCAGGGCAUCAUCAAGAAGAAGAUAUCCCCAUGCCAAUUAACAGUUCUUUUGUUGGAGUUCAGCAUGCUCAUAGUCAUUAUAGCCUCAUGACUCAUCAUCAUCAUCAUCCACAUCACUAUGAUCCAUCAUCAUCAACAUCCCAUAACCAACAACACAACAUAAUCCCAUCAAACAACUCCAAUGGGAACACUAGUACUACUGCUAAUGUUACUAAUAUGGAUGAUGAUCAUCAUCAAGUACAAUGUAACAUCAAUGGUAAUGGUAAUGGUAAUGGUAACAAGAAUGAUGAUGGUGAUGAUGUAAAUGAUAUGGGUACAAAAAAGAAGAGCAUGAUGAUCAUAAAAUACAAAGAAUGCCAAAAGAAUCAUGCAGCAUCCAUGGGAGGAAAUGCAACUGACGGAUGUGGUGAAUUCAUGCCCAAUGGAGAACAUGGAAGCAUUGAGUCUCUUACUUGUUCAGCUUGCAAAUGUCAUAGAAACUUCCAUAGAAAAGAAAUUCAAGGGUACCCAACAAAUUCUGGCGCACUUAUUCCAUUUGCAAGAUCAAUAACAAUGAGCAUGCAUGAUGAUCAUCAUCUUCAUCAUCAUCAAGGGAAUGGUAUUGGGAUGAUGAUGAUAAAACCUCAUCCUCAUCAUCAUCAUGAUCAUUAUCAUCACCAUGAUCAUAAUCAAAUGGUUAAGAAGAGGUUUAGGACAAAAUUUAGUCAAGAACAAAAGGAGAAAAUGUUGGAAUUUGCUGAAAAAGUUGGGUGGAAGAUUCAAAAGCAAGAAGAAGAUGAAGUGCAACAAAUUUGCCAAGAAAUUGGGAUUAAAAGAAGAGUUUUGAAGGUUUGGAUGCAUAAUAACAAACAUACUUUAGCCAAGCACAAAACAAAUCUCAAUAACACUGAUUAAUCAUCCUAUAAUCAAUUGAUUAUUUUGCUUAAUUAAUUAAUUAAUUAUCAUUGAUCAUUCCUAAUUAAUUAUGUCAUGAUGAUGACUUGUUUGUUAUGUAAUGAUCCCUUUAAUUAAUGUGUUCUUAUAGUACUU